CUGUAGUUGGACACGAUGGUGAGGUUCCAGAUGUCUCCCCUCCUAGCAAAAAACAGCAACCACGUAGUGAUACAUGCUGGGUGCAUUGUCCUGGCUGUCAUUACUCAGGUGAUCUCAGAAAUCUUCUUUAGCCUGGCAACAGACAGCUGCGUGCCCAAUGCUCUGUUUCAGACCUCUUCCAGGAAUGUGUCUGAGACCUUCCCCCUGGAGGUGACUAUGGACUGGUGGUCAGACAAUUGCUGGAUCAUGAUUGACUUUUGGUCUAAGGCUUGGCUCUUGUUUACAGUGGUCAGCCUGUUUAAAAGAAAUAUCCUCCAUCCUGAGUCUUGCAAUCCAGAAAUCCACCCUCCAGAAUUUUAUCUGAUGUGGACCAUGAUUAACAUUGCAAGAAUGUGCAGCAUGUCUCUGUGGGAUACACACGACAUACUUGGAGCCGUCAUACUCAGGUGGAUUCUGCCAGUCUUCAGCUUCUACAUGCUCUACAUGUCCUACUGUCACCUCAACAAGCAUAAACGCUGGCUGGCCAUCAACAACCCUAAUGUGAUCUCCUUGACACGUUACCUGACCCAGAAUGGCUUGGCAUUGUUUGCCUGGUGGUCUCUCUUAAAUGCUGUGGUAGGUGUUGGCAUAGUACUGAAGUACAAAGCUGGUGUGCCGGACCCACUAGUCAGCACCAUCGUCCUCACCACAAUCUCCUCGUGCACUAUAAUCUGGUUCAUCUUACAGAGCUCCCUGUUAGCCAAGUACAUGCGCUACACAUUCAGCGUCUAUGCUGUUCUAAUUCUGGGCCUGGGUGCAAUGUUCACCAGAAGCUAUCGUAUCCAUGACCUCGCUGCAAACACAGUCUACUGUGGGUCCCUCAUGCUCCUGAUGACCAUCAUGAGCUUGAGCCAUUUGAUCUCUUUAUGUUUGCACACGGAAAAGUCAAGCAAGCCUCUUGCCAUGGAGCCUGAUCUGACAUUUGGGGUCUGCGAGACAGUGUGCCAGCCUGAAGGCAACAUCAAACACAAACUCCAGAAGUGAAGACAUGAAGAAAGCUAACAAAUACACAAUACAACAACUUGUUUGUCAUGCAACAGUGAUAAUCUGCAAGUGUGCACUUUACAUAAAUCACCAACAGAGGACAGCAUAUACUCACUUCACACUAAGAACGUGAUUGACAACCAGAGCUCUGUUUUGCCAGAAGAUGGCACAGUAGAUCUUACAGGGACACUGUCUCUCUAUUGAGCAUAUGAUUCACAAAAUGGUAUUCAUAAAGAAAAUCCAAAGCAUUCAAAACAAAUACAAACAAUAUUAUCCAGUGUGGCUCAUACUAUUUUUGUGUUUUAGAGGCCAAAUUUUAUCUGCUGUCUUUAUUCAAUAACAUACAAUCCUAAUACGCACUUUAUUAUAAGCUGAACCUGGGUAAGGUUACAGAAUUAAACAUAAUAUCUUGGAUUCUUUACUCAUGAUGAUGAUAUUUUGUACAUAAGUUCAUUAAAACCCUCUACACCCUCUCUCA